AUGGAUAAGAAAGUUCAACGUAUCACUGACAGCAUGGAACAGAAAUUCCACAAAUUGAAAGAGGACAUUAAAAGAGAAAACCGAGAACUCAUUGAUACAUUUGAGGGUCGGAUCUAUGAUUUGGAGAAAGAGAAUGAAAAUCUUAGAGAACAUGUAGGAAAUCUAGAAAAUGCCUGUUUGGAACUACAAGACUCUCAGAAACGUAUGUGUGAAAGGUUCAAUGACUUAGAACAGCAUGGAAGGAAAAAUUCCAUCAGGAUUUUCGGCUUAAAGGAUACUUCAGAAAAAGAGACUGUAGAAGAGUGUAAGGAGAAAGUGGUGAAACUUGUGAACACAAAACUGAAUGUUGGACUUCGUGGUGAAGAUAUCGAUGUCACACAUAGACUAGGAAAAUUCGUCAAUGGAAAAAACAGAAAUGUGAUCGUUAAAUUCACCCAUAGGACAAAAAAGCACGAGAUAAUGAAAGAAAAGAGAAUGUUGAAAGGAUCAGGCAUUACCAUUUUCGAGGAUUUAACUAAGUUUAACCAAGACCGACUGAAAGAAGCGUAUAGACUUAACAGUGUGAAAAACUCCUACAGCAUUGACGGCAAACUCUUCGUGAUUUUAAAGGACGGUAGAAAGCGCAGACUUUCCUACGAUAUGCCAUUGAAUGAUGAAUUCCUCAUGAAGGACGAACACUUUAGAAGAACCAAAUAUGACGCGUAAUCCAUAUGAGAAAUCGGUACAGGACUUUACCGGGGACUAAUGUCUUUGGUUACCGAUUUACUGCAAUGUGAACGUUUUUCCUUGUCUCUCAAUACUGUUUUCGUUUUAUACACAUAUUAUCGUUUGUGUGUUAAAUGUGCUUAUUUAUCAGUUUAUUAGGAGUGUUUGUGUCUGUGUUAUGUGUGGAAUAUAAGGAUUCUAUGUCAAGGUGAGUGACUCUUUGCUACUAAAUGAAGAG